CUGCAACCGCCCGCCCCUCUUCCCAGCAGCUAGCUGGCCAGCUCAACCACGAGCGGAGGAGAAGGCUCUGGAAUCCACAGGAGGCCGCGCCUGCGCUCGCGAAACCGAGCAAGAAGAGCGCGCCGUUGGGAUCGGAGCGCACGAACGAUUGCGAAGGCCCUGGAACCCUCCCCUCCGUCGCCAUCCAUCAGCUACCACCGCCUCGCGCUGCUCUUCGUCCCUAUAAAGGCAACCACUUGUUCGUCCCCCCUGUCAAUCGAGACAAGAGAGCAAGCAUCAUCCAUAACGUUCUAGCAGCAACUGACACCUUCGUUUCCCCAAGUCGAGCAGAGGCAGAGCGAUCAGCCAUGGCGGCGGCCGACGUGCACAUGGCCGGGGGCGCAGAGACGGAGACCUUCGCGUUCCAGGCCGAGAUCAACCAGCUGCUCUCCCUCAUCAUCAACACCUUCUACUCCAACAAGGAGAUCUUCCUGCGGGAGCUCAUCUCAAACUCAUCAGAUGCGCUUGACAAGAUACGGUUCGAGAGCCUGACGGACAAGAGCAAGCUGGACGCCCAGCCCGAGCUCUUCAUCCGCCUGGUGCCCGACAAGGCCUCCAAGACGCUCUCCAUCAUCGACUCCGGCGUGGGCAUGACCAAGUCCGACCUCGUCAACAACCUCGGCACCAUCGCGCGCUCCGGCACCAAGGAGUUCAUGGAGGCGCUGGCGGCCGGCGCCACCGACGUGUCCAUGAUCGGCCAGUUCGGCGUGGGGUUCUACUCCGCCUACCUCGUCGCCGACAAGGUCGUCGUCACCACCAAGCACAACGACGACGAGCAGUACAUCUGGGAGUCGCAGGCGGGCGGGUCCUUCACCGUCACGCUCGACACCACCGGCGAGCGCCUCGGCCGGGGCACCAAGAUCACGCUCUUCCUCAAGGACGACCAGCUCGAGUACCUGGAGGAGCGCCGCCUCAAGGACCUCGUCAAGAAGCACUCGGAGUUCAUCAGCUACCCCAUCUACCUCUGGACGGAGAAGACCACGGAGAAGGAGAUCAGCGACGACGAGGACGAGGAGAAGGAUGACAAAGAGGAGGGUGAUGUCGAGGAGGUCGACGACGACGGUGACAAGGGUGGCAAAGACAAGAAGAAGAAGAAGGUGAAGGAGGUGACCCACGAGUGGGUGCAGAUCAACAAGCAGAAGCCCAUCUGGCUGCGCAAGCCCGAGGAGAUCACGCGCGAGGAGUACGCCUCCUUCUACAAGUCCCUCACCAACGACUGGGAGGACCACCUUGCCGUGAAGCACUUCUCGGUGGAGGGGCAGCUGGAGUUCAAGGCCAUCCUCUUCGUGCCCCGCCGCGCGCCCUUCGACCUCUUCGACACCCGCAAGAAGCUCAACAACAUCAAGCUCUACGUGCGCCGCGUUUUCAUCAUGGACAACUGCGAGGAGCUCAUCCCGGAGUGGCUCGGCUUCGUCAAGGGCGUCGUCGACUCGGACGACCUGCCGCUCAACAUCUCCCGGGAGACGCUGCAGCAGAACAAGAUCCUCAAGGUCAUCCGCAAGAACCUCGUCAAGAAGUGCAUCGAGAUGUUCUUCGAGAUCGCCGAGAACAAGGAGGACUACGCCAAGUUCUACGACGCCUUCUCCAAGAACCUCAAGCUGGGCAUCCACGAGGACUCGCAGAACCGCGCCAAGCUCGCCGACCUCCUCCGCUACCACUCCACCAAGAGCGGCGACGAGAUGACGUCGCUCAAGGACUACGUCACGCGCAUGAAGGAGGGGCAGAAGGACAUCUACUACAUCACCGGCGAGAGCCGGAAGGCCGUGGAGAACUCGCCGUUCCUGGAGCGCCUCAAGAAGAAGGGCUACGAGGUGCUCUUCAUGGUGGACGCCAUCGACGAGUACGCCGUGGGCCAGCUCAAGGAGUACGACGGAAAGAAGCUGGUGUCGGCCACCAAGGAGGGCCUCAAGCUGGACGAGGAGACGGAGGAGGAGAAGAAGCGCCGCGAGGAGCGCAAGAGGCAGUUCGAGGACCUGUGCAAGGUGAUCAAGGACAUCCUGGGCGACCGCGUGGAGAAGGUGGUCGUGUCGGACCGCAUCGUCGACUCGCCGUGCUGCUUGGUCACCGGCGAGUACGGGUGGACGGCCAACAUGGAGCGGAUCAUGAAGGCGCAGGCGCUGCGCGACAGCAGCAUGGGCGCCUACAUGUCCUCCAAGAAGACCAUGGAGAUCAACCCGGACAACGGCAUCAUGGAGGAGCUCAGGAAGCGCGCCGAGGCCGACAAGAACGACAAGUCCGUCAAGGACCUCGUCAUGCUGCUCUUCGAGACGGCGUUGCUCACAUCGGGGUUCAGCCUCGACGACCCCAACACGUUCGCCGCCAGGAUCCACCGGAUGCUCAAGCUCGGCCUCAACAUCGACGAGGACGACGCCGCCGGGGACGAGGACGCCGACAUGCCCGCCCUCGACGACGGCGCUGCCGAGGAGAGCAAGAUGGAGGAGGUCGACUGAGCGAGCGAGUAGUGAGGCCACGCCAUGAGGACCGACCCUUCCAGUUCGAGGUUGCCUUCGAUCCGGUUGCUGGUGUGUUCAUUUUAGUAAUGAGUCGUGUCAGUUGGUGUAUCCAGCAAGCCAGUCAGUAGUGCAUGUCCUUGUAAUGCAUGCAUUCUGAGGCGUCGUGUUAGUACGUGUUCUACUCCUAGUAGUACUCACCUACUAUGCCAAUGUUGUCGUUGUGACCAGAGUGCCAAGCUUGUGCAGUCUUGGAUGUCACACUUCGGAUGGUCAUGCAUUGUCUCUUGUGGUCGUGGCAUGAUGAGAAAUAUAAAGGGGUUUUUUCUUUAUA